GAACUUCCGAACUACGAUCAUCCAAACUUCGCGCCUGGACCACAAUCUUUUCCCCUCCCUGUUUUCUCAAAGCCCCCUCCUUCUUUUCUUCUGAUGUCCCCUAACUCUUGGUGACCGAUUGUGCUUGGUCUAUCUUUUCUUUUUUUUCGAAAAUUUCGAGGAGCUUACAUAUGCUGUGACUCGGAUCAAGGGCUUACAUGUUACAGCUGUAUUUCGGGGUGCUGCAUAAUGGUUUAUUGGACAUCUUCCUGCGAUCCGCUAUAGUUGCGCAGAUGUAUAUUCUUCUACCUUGGAACGGACUUGUAGCAAUGCGUCGAGUGGAACGGUGCUCGUAUUUUAAUUGGGGAUUUGGGUCACGAACGGCUUGUCUCGCUGAACCGACGAUGUUCCACGUAUUUAGGGGAUCCACCGGGCAGUGGUAUUGUGAGAUGCAGCUCAUCAAUGUGGGCGCUUACGCUGACCAGGCACAAAUUCAGCUCCUUUAUUACGCCCAACGGGUUCUGCUUGUAUGUUUCUGGCUGAUCUUGAUAGAAGUCACACGAAUAGUUCUUCUCGUGGACAAGGAAUGGUUCGCUGUACUCUGAAGAUACCGCGCCGGUGUCAUUCAAAAUGUUCCGCAAAGAAAGGCGCGUCGUCUUGAUGCAUCUUAUGUCAACCCUGAUUUGCCAACUUUUUGGGGCUACUUAUCGU